GGAGAAGCCGGGAGGGAGAGGAGGCGCCGGGCCGGGGCCUGGGGCUGGGGCUGGGGCUGGCCUGCGUCCCCGGGUCAGGCGGGUGGAGGAGGCCUCGCAUCGCAGCCGCCUGUCCUGGGGAACCGCUCGGGAGGCCGUGGAGGUGCAUGGCGACCCGCCCCAAGCGUGCACAGCGGCGGGCCUGCCACCUGCCCGCCGUGUCUCCCCAGGCCCUGGUGGACGAUACCGAGGACGUGUCGCUGGACUUCGGCAAUGAAGAGGAGCUGGCCUUUAGGAAAGCCAAGAUCAGGCAUCCCCUGGCCACCUUCUUCCACCUGUUUUUCCGAGUGAGUGCCAUCGUCACCUACGUGUGCUGCGACUGGUUCAGCCGAAGCUUUGUGGGCUGCUUUGUCACUGUGCUUCUCCUCCUGUCCUUCGACUUCUGGUCUGUGAAGAAUGUAACGGGACGACUCCUGGUGGGCCUUCGGUGGUGGAACCAGAUCGAUGAGGAUGGGAAAAGCCACUGGAUUUUUGAAGCCAGAAAGAUGUCUCCAAACAGCGUGGCUGCCACCGAAGCGGAAGCGCGCAUCUUCUGGCUCGGCCUCAUCAUCUGCCCGGUGAUCUGGAUCGUCUUCUUCUUCAGCACCUUGUUCUCCUUGAAGCUGAAGUGGCUGGCCCUCGUCGUCGCUGGGAUUUCUCUCCAGGCCGCCAACCUGUACGGCUACAUCCUGUGUAAGAUGGGAGGCGAGAGUGACAUCAGCAAAGUCACGGCCAGUUUUCUGUCCCAGACGGUGUUCCAGACGGUGGGUGCCGAGGCCUGACCCCUGGCCCGCGCUGCCCUCCAGGUGCUCAGAGCCAGGGCGGCUGCUGGCAGAGCAGUCCGCGAUGUUGCCGAGGUCGGCCCGGCGGUCGCCGUGUUGUGUUGUGGCAAAUGCCAUAAAAUCGAGCGGUGUAA